AUGGGCAUGUACACGAAAAUAAAUAAGGUAAAUCACAUUACUUCAUACUCUAGAAAGUUGUUUAAAAAUUAGUUUUGUUGGUACAAAGACAGAAAACCUUUUUUAUUUUUGGCGGGAAAUGUAAAUAUGUUGGUUUACCACUCGAAGACGCAAGCUAAGGAAUUAGACGCUGAAAAUGCAAGUUUAUAACCACUAAACAAAAAAGGCUAGUCGUAUAUCCCUUGCUAUAAUUUUAACAUGGACAAUUUAUAGAGGAGUUUUCCUCCCGAAGUAUGUUUUUGUACGACAACUUCUGUGUUAUUGCUUUUUUAAAAUUAAAAUUUAUCUUAUUUUUCUAAUUUAACUCAUAUAUAAAUGAAACUAGAGAAACAGAAUAGAUUUAAAAUAAUUUGUAUUUUUAGGUAUGGCUGCGUGUAGUCAACCAUAUAACACACAUGGAAGAUGUGUGUAGGUUCUCUAUGAUCAGUGAAUACUUUUAUCGAUUGAUAAACACUGACUUCAGAAGUUUAUGUUACAAAAAUAUGGUUUUUCGUCUUCCCGGUGAAACUUGGGCAACGGCUUUCUCAUAGUAAGUUGCUGUAAUACCUGACAUACGGUAAUUCCUCUUUAAAACAGUUGUUUUAAAGCGUUUUUUUGCACCGUUUGGUCGGUUUGGCAAUGCUUGUUAAGUCUCUUUUUACAUUUAGUUUUAUUUAGCACAAAUUACCGUACAAUCAACUUCGAAGUAAAAUCUGAGUGUAUGUUCUCCGCACGCACAUCAUGUUGCCCUUACACUGGUACAUUGGCAAUAACUAUCGAUGACAAAAAAGUGUUAAUAAGUAAUGUUGACUUCGGAAAGAGGAUUUUUGAAUUUAUUGACCUUAGAAGAAAAGAGGGCGAAAUACUCAAAGUGUAUCUUAUUAACAAGUCUACACAACUAGUAUUAAAAAUGUCUAUAUCGUGCCUGGUAUAUGAUCUAACACAAAAAAAGAUUGUCAAUGGCAACUUUAUCGUCUUACAAUUUUAUGACAUCUUAUCGUGACGGUUUUCUUUUUGAUAUGUAUAAUCAGAAAGAACACAAAGUGAAAGCCAAAGACCGAAAAGGAAUUAUAUUAAACGCUGACAUCUGUGGCUACAGGAAGUAUGUUGGCUACUGGAACCUUGAAGAUGAAUUUGUUGUAAUAGAUAACUUGACCGGUCAACAUCAUGUCAUUUUUUAUACUACUAAAACAUUUAGUCUUUUUACAAUUCGUAUUUUUGAUGAUUUAGAUCAAGUAAUGGUACAAGGUGAGUAUUUUUAUAACAUCACUUGUCUCUAAAUGGAGCAUGUGCACAAAAAAGACUUUUCAGACACAGAUACUCGAGUUUACGACAUUAAAACCAAAAGUUGUGUAUUUAAAUGGAAACACGUUCCAUACGAGCACUACGAAAUGUGGAGUUUUGAAUGUAUGUACUUAUACGAAAGCAGUAAAGUAAGUUAAUAAAAUGGAAUGAUCCCUACCCGUUUAGCCAUAUACGACAACAGAUGCGACAGUACUUAUAUUUUGUUAGAAAAGUAAAGUUAGAACAACUAAUAUUUUGGAUAUUUUAGUUGGUUGGGUACAAUAAAAAGGAAAAGGAAUGGACAGAACUGGGAACAUGGCCUUAUCAAAUAAAUCCACCGCCCGAUAUCAAGAUAUUUUCAAAACUGUUGUCCUUGUCGACAAUACACCCUGUAGACGGAAACGGUAUUCGCACUUUAACGCAUGUCGAUUGGUAUUCAGGUAAAAUUUUGCAUGAAAUUCAAACUAACAAGGAAAGUGCCCAACCUGCAGCUCUCUUUUGUAGUACCGAUAGUACAUAUAAAAAACCUUAGCUUGCGGGUUUAAGUUUGAAAUUUAAUAUAUUUAAAUUUUCCACCACUUUGGCAUUGUGUUUCAAACAUGCUUGUGCGUAGGGCAGGGCCCAAUUUUCGGCCCUGUCAUCGGGCCCGCUUAGGCCCUGCCCAGUGCCGGGCUUUUUGAUUUCGGCCCGGCCCUAGCUAUUAUAUUAUAUUUCCUUAUAGAGUAGUGUAUUAUGUUCCCAAAUGAUGUGUAUUUCUUUACAUUAGCACCGGAUAGGGUAUGGUAGAGUAUGGCAUCGGGUUAGAGGUAGAGUUAGGUAAAGCUAGAAAAGUCAGGGUUAGGGUCGCUAAAGUGGUCAGGGGUGAAGUGGGGGGAGGUAAUAUUACUUGUUAGACACUCAACAAUUUUAAAUAGUUUUUUUUUCAAAAAAUGUAAAAAAAAUUUACCGGGCACGAAGCAAGCCCUGCCCGGUUACAAUCAUGUGCCCUGUCCGGUAACUGACCUGGGUCGGGUUGGGCACAGGAGACAACAUCCUAAGUCCAAGCCUGGUUUCAACCCCUUUUUUUACGUUCCAGAUAAGAUAGGCUUAUAAAUUUAAAACUGCAGGUUCAUUUUAAGCUUUUCUAUCAUUAUAUUAAAGAAAAAUAGUUAAUAGCCAAAAAAUUACAAAAUAAAUAGUUGAAAGAACUAUACAUGGCAAUUUGGGAAAAUUCAAAACGCAAUUUUUUGACCUCGAUUUCCUCAAGAGUGGCCGCAAGUUAUAAAUUUGCAUAAGAUCUUACUUUACAUCAUCUUUCAAUAAAAAAAUCUGAACGAACCUGAGCGUUGCAGGGCGAGUACCUUCCUUAAAAGCUGGCUUGGUUUAACGUUUUUAUAAUUUUUUCUAAAAAGCAAAGUGAAAUCGAAUUUUUAUUUUGUAGGUCGUUUGGUUUCAAAGGAAUUCCAACCUAUUGAAGUUCAAAAAGCCGGGUUCGAUUACAAAAAAUUUAUUAACGUUCGUGGACUCCAAAAACAGAUUCUCCUCAGAAUGGCGAUCCAAUCCAACCUACAGAUUAUAGAACACAUUUUGAACGUAUAUUGGUAG